UCCAUAAAUGCUAACCACUAAAAUAUUGUCUACCAAGAAAGAUGCUCAUUCUCCCGGAUGGACAAUCUUCUAAUUUCAAAUAUUAAAUGCCUUUACUAGCUUCAAAUUGUUUAAUAAUAUGCCGAUGCCCGUCCGGCCACCACCACCACUAUGAUGAUGAGCAGUACUGUCUGCGGAAGCAUUCAUAGUAUUUGCAAUAACCGUAGACUAGAAAAUUAAAAGCACCGGAAUCAGCUGGGACUCUAUGAAAAGCUAGCUAGCGAGAUCUGUUCUUGAUAUUGCUUGUAUCUCUCUGUUUCAAGAGGCUAUUGUAAAAUUAUCAAUUCUUGGAUUUGAUAGUGGAUCAACAGGGAAAAUUGAGCAUAGCCUCUUUUUUCUUUUUUUUUCCUUUUUGGAGAUUGAAUCUCUUGGUUCUUGGAGCUUAAUUUUUUUUGCUGGAAGAUAUGGAUAGCUCGGCGACUACAACUCUCUUUCCGUUGCACCGUACUAAGAUUUUGCAUCUGGUGAGGCAUGCUCAAGGAGUUCACAAUGUAGAAGGAGAAAAGGAUUUCAGCGCUUACAAAUCUGAAGAAUUCUUUGAUGCUCAGCUUACUCCUCUAGGAUGGGAGCAGGUAGACAACUUGCAUGAGCAUAUUCAUGAAUGUGGACUCGAUAAGAAAGUUGAAUUAGUCGUCGUAUCUCCGUUACUAAGGACGUUGCAAACAGCUGUUGGAGCAUUUGGUGCCACAACACUAAUGGUGGCAAAUGCAGGGAAUAGCAAUCGUUCGGCAAUCUCAAGCUUAAAUAUCCCACCAUUCGUAGCAGUGGAGCUUUGCCGAGAACAAUUGGUACAGGCGGGCUUGGGCGGGUACGGGCAGGCUGAGUUUUUUCGGGGUGUUCACCCAUGUGAUAGGAGGAGAAGUAUAUCCGAAUAUCGAUGCAUCUUUCCUGCAAUUGAUUUCUCACUGAUAAAAGAUGAGGAGGAUGUUUUGUGGGAGGCUGAUGUCAGAGAGUCGAAAGAAGCUGUUGCCACCAGGGGAAUGGAAUUUAUCAAUUGGUUGUGGACACGUAAAGAGAAAGAGAUUGCAGUAGUCACCCAUAGAGCUUUCUUGCGUCAGACCCUUGCUGAACUUGGAGACGACUGCCACAUAACAGUGCAGAAAGAAAUCCGCAAACCCUUCGCCAAUUGCGAACUUCGUUCUGUGGUUAUCAUUGAUCGUGGCUUGAUAGGGUCUGAUACUUCAGUUACUAACUACCCUGGAAAGAUCCCUAUUGGGCUAGAUCUUCCUAGUGAUGCUGCACUCGACAAGCACCCGGCAGAGCAAGGAGCACCAAAUUCCUAAGCCUGGAUUGGUUAUCUUGAUUUGGAUUUGCAUGAUAAUGUACUGUUCUACUGAUGAAGCCGUUUUCGCUUCAUAAUAUCAUUCAUUUUGUUAUUCAACUGAAGUUAGAUUACAAGUUCUAACACACACACCACACACCAUUAUAGUACAAACAAUGAAAGGGAAAGUAAGAACACAAUUACAGUUA